AUGGAUGAUACAAGCGAAGAGUUCCAAGUACUCUUCAGCGCAAUGUCUGCCUUUGUGGCAGACUGCAUGUCCGGCCAUGACCCAUCACACAAUCCAGCCCACGUCCACCGGGUGGUAGCACUUGCGAACAAGAUCCUGGAAGCAGAGCGGCGCCUGCACCCCUCAACACAAUACAACGGUGCAGUCGUCAAGCUAGCAGCACUACUGCACGACAUCGGAGACAGAAAAUAUUUGUCAAAACUUGAUGCAGGACCUGGGGGCGAAGCACCCGAUCCAACAACCAUGGUCGAACAUGCGCUCCGUGCACGGGGCGCGGCGCCUGCACUCGCCUCCCGAGUUCAAACCAUCGUGUCGCAUGUUUCUUAUACGACUGAGUGCAAGGAUCCAUCUUUGAUUCGUCGCCUGAUUGAUGAAGAAGGGAUUGUGGAGCUUGGUGUUGUGCAGGAUGCGGAUCGGCUGGAUGCCAUUGGAGCUGUUGGUAUUGGGAGGUGUUUUACUUUCCUUGGCGCCGUUGGGAAGAAGUAUUGUGCUGAUGGGAAGUGGGAGAUGAAUAAUUCUAUUGAGCACUUUGGGGAUAAGUUGGUUAAGCUUGAAGGGAUGAUGAAGACUACUACUGGUAGGGAGAUGGCUAGAGUGCGGACGGAGAGGUUGAAGAUUUUUGAGGGCUGGUGGGAAGAGGAGAUGGAUCUUAUCUAUUGCCACACGGCUAAUCAUCAAAGUGCACGCACCUCCUCCGCCCGAGAUAAACACCGCCAUCAACCGGAGAAGAGUAGUGCAUACAACCAACCCUCGCAACCAUGGCUGAUGCACAAUUCGAUAGCGCACUCCAUUACCUCUAUUGUUCCCGAACUCACCGAAGACCUCCUCUCAUCUGUGGAUCAGCCCCUGGAGGUUCGCCGCUGCUCGCAGACAAACCGCGACUACUUGCUCUGUGAUUACAACCGUGACGGCGAUAGCUACCGGUCACCAUGGAGCAACGAAUUUGACCCUCCGCUUGAGGAUGGCACUGUGCCCAGUGAGCGGGUGCGCAAGCUCGAGGUUGCUGCCAAUGAGUCGUUCGAUGUUUACCGCGAGCUGUACUACGAGGGUGGUGUAGGAAGUGUUUAUUUCUGGGACCUGGAUGAUGGGUUUGCGGGUGUUAUUCUUUUGAAGAAGGGUGUCACCCCCGGGUCCCAAAGCUCCGGCGAAUGGGACAGCAUUCACGUCUUCGAGGCGACUGAUCGUGCUCGCAUGUCCCACUACAAACUCACCAGUACUGUUAUCCUUCACCUCGCCAACAAAUCCGAGGCUCUUGGUGAUAUGGACUUGAGUGGAAACAUGACUCGCCAGGUGGAGGUUGAUAUGCCCGUCGAGUCGGAUGCUAGCCAUGUUGCCAAUGUCGGCAGGCUGGUUGAGGAUAUGGAAUUGAAGAUGCGCAAUCUACUACGUAUGUUACUAGUUGCCCGGCCACACAUUUUGAGAGAUAUGCUAACCGGGGGCGCUCAUAUGACAGAGGAGGUGUAUUUUGGCAAAGCCAAGGAUGUCGUUGGUGAACUCCGAAGCUUGGGCCCGUUGUCCGAUGCGAACAGAGACCGGGAAACCCAGCGGGAGAUGAUCGCGUCCAUGCAGAAGUAG